UUCCGUCGCUAAUAUGAGUUUUGGUCUGCCGGUGACCGCUGACGGUAAUGAAGCGCUCCAGGUGCUUGAAGUUCUAAUCAAAGAAGAGGACGUAGACGAAGAUGAUGAAUACGGUCACGUCAUCUGCCAUGAUGGCGAGGAUGACCCCUCUGCAGAGCUGCUCUGUAAAACUGAAACGGACUUUACGGAGUCACAAAGCUCUAAUGAAAUACAAACAGUGGUGGUUAAUGUGAAAAGUGAAGAGGAUGACCAACGACAUGAAGGUGGUGAUUUUCCUCUGCGAAGUGUAUCGGAACGCCCAGACUGCGUGCAGCAGAAGAUCCACGGACAGAAUGAUCCACUCAACCAACAGCUCAGAGGAAGGCUGCACCACUGCACCGUCUGCAGGAAGAGCUUCACAGCCCUGAGAGAACUCAAGAAGCACCAGAAAACGCACUCCGUUAACGUGAACGGACAGCAAAACACUGCCAAAGAGCCUCACAAAUGUGCCCACUGUGGAAAAGAGUUUACUUACAUUUCGGCUCUUAAAACCCACACGCUAAUUCACACCGGAGAGAAGCCGCACAAAUGCGCCGACUGCGGAAAAGGUUUUUCCCACAUUUCCAACUUCAAGUCGCACAUGCGAACGCACACCGGCGAAAAGCCUCACGCGUGCAGCCGCUGCGGCAAAGCCUUCUCGCAAGUCUCAAACCUCAACACGCACAUGAACACGCACACGGGCGCCAAGCCGCACAAAUGCGCGCGGUGCGAGCGGGCGUUCUCGCACGCCUCCACGCUCGCCGCGCACGCGCUCACGCACACGGGCGAGAAGCCGCUCAGGUGCGCCGAGUGCGGCAAGGCCUUCGCGCAGAUCGCCAACCUCUCCGCCCACGCGCUCACGCACUCCGGCGAGAAGCCGUACGCGUGCGCCCGCUGCGGCCGCUGCUUCUCGCACGCGUCCAACCUCCGCUCCCACGCGCGCGUGCACACGGGCGAACGGCCGCACAGGUGCGAGCGCUGCGGGAAGUCGUUCUCGCAGACGUCCAACCUCAAGUCGCACAUGCUGACGCACACCGGAGAGCGGCCCCACGAGUGUCUUCGCUGCGGCAAAGCGUUCGCGCACGUUUCCACGUUUAAAUCGCACGCGCUGCUCCACACCGGAGAGAAGCCUCAUCAGUGUGACCAGUGUGGGAAAGGCUUUGCGCAAAUCGCACACUUCAAGUCGCACAUGCUAAAGCACACCGGGGAGAAGCCGCAUUCGUGCAAGCAGUGCGGCAAGGCCUUUGCUCACUCUUCCGCCCUGAAAACACACACGCUGAUACACAGCGGAGAGAAGCCUCAUAAAUGUGUCCAGUGUGGGAAAGCGUUUGUGCUCCUCUCUCAGCUUAAGACCCACACGCUAACUCACACUGGAGAGAAGCCUCAUAAAUGUGUCCAGUGUGGGAAGGCUUUUUCACUAAUAUUCUUAAACGCCAUAUGCUAG